AUGGAUGCCUUGGGCGCUCCCUCGUCAGCGCCCGCCACCUCGGAGCCUGGCAACACCUCUUCGGCUUGGCCCCCGGCUGCCGCCCCGGGGAACGCAUCGGCGGGCCCGAGCCUGGCAGGGCUGGCCGUCAGCGGCGUUCUGAUCCCGCUGGUGUACCUGGUGGUGUGCGUGGUGGGGUUGCUGGGCAACUCCCUGGUCAUCUACGUGGGCCUGCGGCACACGGCCAGCCCCUCGGUCACCAACGUCUACAUCCUCAACCUGGCGCUGGCCGACGAGCUCUUCAUGUUGGGACUCCCGUUCCUGGCCGCCCAGAACGCCCUGUCCUACUGGCCCUUCGGCUCGCUCAUGUGCCGCCUGGUCAUGGCCGUGGACGGCAUCAACCAGUUCACCAGCAUCUUCUGCCUCACGGUCAUGAGCGUGGACCGCUACCUGGCCGUGGUGCACCCCACGCGCUCAGCUCGCUGGCGCACGGCGCCCGUGGCGCGCACGGUCAGCGCGGCCGUCUGGGUGGCCUCGGCCGUGGUGGUGCUGCCCGUGGUGGUCUUCUCCGGCGUGCCCCGCGGCAUGAGCACCUGCCACAUGCAGUGGCCGGAGCCGGUGGCGGCCUGGCGAGCCGGCUUCAUCAUCUACACGGCGGCGCUGGGCUUCUUCGGGCCGCUGCUCGUCAUCUGCCUGUGCUACCUGCUCAUCGUGGUCAAGGUGCGCUCGGCCGGGCGGCGGGUGCGGGCGCCCUCCUGCCCGCAGGUGCUGGCGGCCUCGUGCCCGCGGCGCCGGCGCUCCGAGCGCAGGGUCACGCGCAUGGUGGUGGCCGUGGUGGCGCUGUUCGUCCUGUGCUGGAUGCCCUUCUACGUGCUCAACAUCGUCAACGAGCUGUGGCCGCUGCCCGAGGAGCCCGCCUUCUUCGGCCUCUACUUCCUGGUGGUGGCGCUGCCCUACGCCAACAGCUGUGCCAACCCCAUCCUCUACGGCUUCCUCUCCUACCGCUUCAAGCAGGGCUUCCGCAGGGUCCUGCUGCGGCCGUCCCGGCGCGUGCGCAGCCAGGAGCCCGCAGCGGGGCCUCCGGAGAAGACGGAGGAGGAGGAGGAGGAGGAGGAGGACGAGGACCCGGAGGCGCCGCAGGGGAAGGCCCUGAACGGCCGGCUCAGUCAGGUCACGCAGCCUGGCCCCAGCGGGCAGGGGCGACCGCUCAGUGCAGGAACCAGCAAGGAGCAGCAGUUCCUCCCCCAGGAGCCCCUGGCCGGGGAAAAGUCCAGCCCGCGGCACAGCAGCUACCUGUAG